UACCCUUCUCUCCCAUUCUAUUCUUCAACUUAAUCCCACUUCAAGAACACCACUAAUCCCAUCUCAACCUUCAUUCUUCUUCUCACAAGUAGCAUCAUAAUCAACCCCGUUCUCAAACACCGACUUCUGGGGUCGGUUUUGAUCUCGAGAGACUAAAAGGCAUCGGAUCGAAAUGAAGAUGAUGGGAAGAUCAAAGAGAAGGGUGUCAAGUAGACUUGGAGGAAUCCUUAAAGAGCAAAAGGCAAGGCUUUACAUCAUAAGGAGAUGUGUGGUGAUGCUUCUUUGUUACCAUGAUUGAUGGAUUCUUUUACAUUUCUUCUUUAAAGUAGUUUGUAGAUAGAUGAGAUAUAUGGCUCAAGAGCUUCACAUGUUUGUAACCCGACAUAUUCGCCUCUAACGGCCUUCAAUGUAUAUUAGACUGGUGUCGUUUCUUUAUUUC